UCCACACUCUUGGAAAGACCAUUCUACUUCUAAAUAAGUGAGAGAGUGAGAGAGAGCCUCACAAAAAUAAAAGUCUCCUAAUCUGAAGAGUAUGUAAAAAUCAUUUUACUAACAACAAUUCACUUAUCUUUAGACCCAUCAAAUCUGAUUGAGUAAAAGGAAGAAGAAGACUCAAAUCGACCGGAGAAGUGAUACGUGUGGUUCACGAGAGAGAGAGAAAACAAACAAAAGCUAUGGGGAGGACGACGUGGUUAGACGUUGACGGGAUGAGGAAAGGAGAGUGGACGGGGGAGGAAGACCGGAAGCUUGUGGCUUACAUCAACGAACAUGGUCUCGGCGAGUGGGGUUCAAUGCCUAAGAGAGCCGGUCUGCAAAGAUGUGGAAAGAGUUGUAGGUUAAGAUGGCUGAAUUAUUUGAGGCCAGGGAUUAAAAGAGGCAAGUUUACUCCGCAGGAGGAAGAAGAAAUCAUGAAACACCAUGCACUUCUUGGUAACAGAUGGGCAGCGAUAGCUAAGCAAAUGCCGAACAGAACAGACAAUGACAUAAAGAACCAUUGGAACUCAUGUCUUAAGAAAAGACUUGCUAAAAGUGGAAUCAAUCCAAUGACCCACCAGCCAAAAAGCCUCACGGUCGAUGUCACCUCCUCCUCAACGACGUCGUCUCCUAUACCGAGCCCUUGUUCUUCUUCUUUUUCCUCCUCUUCUUCCUCUGCUACUGGCUCAGCACGUCUUCUUAACAAGCUCGCUGCUGGAAUCUCCUCGAGAAGACACGGACUCGAGAGGAUCAAGACUGUGAUAUUGUCUGAACAACCAAAAGAAGCCGAGAUUGAAGAAGAAGAGAAGAUGGUGAUAAGCAUGGGAGAGGAUGAAAUGAUUGCUUGUUUCAUGGAUAUUGAUGAAAAGCUGAAUAUUCGUGAACUGCCUUGUGAUCAUGACUCUGCUGCUACCACUACGACGUCGCCGCCUGGCUUCGUGGCUUUUGAUGACUACUCAUCAACAAUGGAUCCAUACGCUCUGUACGAGUCUGAUUUCUAUGAUGAGACUCAACAGCUUGACCUGUUCCUCCUUUGAAUCACAUCUUUUGUCUGAUUAAUCAGUUUCUUCAGUGUGACGAGAGAGAGACAGAGACAGUGGAGAUGUGGGAUUUCUGAAAAAAAAGCAACUGCCUUUAGUACUUUAAAUGACAUGCAUGGUCAAUGUUUUUUAAACAACUCUGACAGUUGUUACUUACUUUGCUCUGAGAUUCUUGUUCUCUCGAACACAUGCGUAUGAGCCUAUUUUAUUUUGGACUUUUUCAUUAUAAGGUUUACAGUUUUUCUUA